AUGCCACCAUCGCGCGUCCGCAAAGAAGAGGCGGAGCUCCGCCAGAUCGCGAAGAAGUCACGACUGGCUCGCAGGGAGGCUCAGCAGCGCGAGCGGAAGCAGCAUCAGCGUGCGCGACGCGCGGCGGCGACGAGCGGUGAGGCGCCUCCUGCUGCUACUGAGCCAGCCGGCGCCUCUGUGAAAAACAGAAGGCGAGGGGCAAUCCUCCUCCCACAUGAGGUCCAGGAGCUGCGUCAGCGGCUCCUGGACGACGACACCGCCGCCGCCAGCUCUGCGUCUGGGGCGGGCUUUCCCGACCGGAAGAAGAAAAAGGCGGAAGCGAAGAAAGCCGCUCGCUCUUCCGCCAGUAAGUCCGCAGGCGCUGCCGGGGCCAGUAGUCACAGCGCCGUCUUUGCCUCUUCCACACUAGUUCCUGCCUACCACCAGGAGGUUCACUUCAAGAAGAAGAUGUUCUUCGUGGACGUGGUGCUGCACCACAUCCCGCAUCAGAAGAUCGACAUCAGUGAGACGAACGCGAGCCAGCUGGUAGUCGACACGUGCGGCCACACAAAGAGGUACCGCCUCGUGCUGCCGUACCCGAAGGGCAUGCGGUGCGACGCCGCGGUGGCCACGUACGAGUUUGAGAACGGCAUCCUGCACUGCCGCCUGCCCAUCGUGGAUGGCACUAUCCCGGUCGACCUCGAGGUAGAAAAUGAGAGGAUAGUCGAGGAAAUUCGCCAGCAGAAGGCAUUGCGCUUCCGCGUGACUCAGGACGGCGACUUGACGGUUCGCACGCGGCAGGCGCUGCUGGCGCCAACGCCCGUUGCUCAGGCUGCGCUGAUAGAGACGAAAAAGGCGGCGGCAGCGGCACGGCGCUGUGACGAUGCGGACAAUGUCAACGAUACCAUCAACACCAAGGAGCUAGAGGCGGAGGGGAGGGAAAAGACGGCUAGCCCCAAGUCUCGGAAGCGCACACGCGACAGCGGUGAGGAGGAUAGCAAGGAGAUGCAGCAGCCGACAAACUCUGCAUCAACGGGGAAAGCGGCGGGUGCGGCUUCGUCGGAGAGCAUUGCGCUGAAGGAAGCUGCUGCGGCGUCAAAGCCAGCCACGAAGAAGUCGAAGUCUGAUAUCUUCGAGGCAGAGCAUGCCAAGGCGAUGGAGGCUGCAAGGACAGCCGCUGCCAAGGUGCACCUCUCUCUGCGCGAGCGGGUGAAGCUGGCCAAGACGGUGCAGGCGAACCGCGAGGAGCGCCUGAAGACGCGUUCCCUCCGCAAGGAGCGGAAGGAGGAGCAGAGGCAGCGGUCUUUCCACCGCGUUUUGGAGGAGCAGAAGCGCCAGCUUGUGGCCCGUGCGGCGAUGCAGCGAUCGGUGCCGCGCCCCACCCCAAAGGCGAACGCGCCGGCAAAGUCGGUGCGCUUUGCCGACGCGUGA